AGUGACAUUAGCACUAUAAUAAUGUGAUUUCGAAAGCUCACAACAUUCGGAAUAUAUCAACUACUGGUUCUGUUUGAGAGAAUUUGAAGAAACAAUGGCACAAAACAACUUAACUGUUAAAUAUGCUCAUACAGAAGGACACACAGAGAUUUGUUAUGAUAUCAGUGGAAACACUAUUUUCACAUCUGGUUCAGAUGGUGAAGUGAAGAUAUGGAAUGAUUUUGAAGACAAUCAAAAUCCAAAAUCGAUUAAAGUUGGAGAAGUAGUUCAUGCACUUACUGCUAAGGGAGAAAUAAUCUAUGCUGCAGCGGAUAACAAUAGUGUUGACAAAUACAAUCUGUCUGAUGGAUCACCUGAUGGAAUUCUGCUCAGGUUCACAGGAAAUGCCACACAUAUAGCAUUGUCGGAGUCUCAAAACACCAUUGUAGCUGGAUCAAGUGAUUUCACUGCAAAAGCAAUUGAUCUCGAAACAAGCGAUCAGCAGGUUUUCAAUGGGCACAAAGCACCAAUUUUAAGUGUUGCAGCCGACCCUCUGGAUGAAUAUUUGGCAACUGUAAGCUGUGAUGGAGAUUUUCGGUUGUGGAAUAUGUCAGACACGGAUUGUAUUGAAACAGUCAAAGUCAUAAAGCCAUCCAACGAUGUUUGUAAUUCUUCUUCGUUAUGCAGAAUGUCAUGGCGACCUGCUACUGGUGAAGACAUAGCAGUACCAAGUGACAAUGAAAUUAAGGUUUUUUCUAGAGGAACAUGGACAGUUAUACAUUCAUUUAAAACAGCUUUAACAAAUAAGCCUUUCAACUGUUGUGCGUUUUCUCCAUGUGGAAGAUUCCUGGCAGCAGCCACUGUUGAUGGAUGGAUUUGUGUAUGGGAUGCUGAAACACAAGAUUGCUUGCAGACAGUACAACAUGCCCUAAGGACAUCUAUUUGUUGUUUGGUUUGGGACCCGAAGGAGAAUAAUACACUAGCUAUUGCUGACGUACGUGGUCAAGUUGGACUUCUGAAAAAUGCAGUCCCGUCUGAAGUCAAAACAAAUCAGAAUUCAGUACCUGAUGAUCUCGAUGCCCUAUUUGAGAAUGAAGACGGAGAUUUGAAUGAUUUUCUAGAUGAUGCAGCCGCUGAAAGUGACUCUGUUAAGGACGAUAUCACAUCUUCAAAAAAUAAGAAAAGAAGUGAAAAUCUAAUAAGUGAUGAUGAGAUGGAUACUAAUGAUGGAAAGGAAAAUGAUCCUUCAGAUUUUCAUAUUCCAAGUACAAACGACUUAUUUGCAGCAGAUGACGAUGAUCUAGCGCCACCAGUCAUACAACAACCAGUGAAACUUCUUCUUGACAAUAAUGAUGAUGCUGGUUCGUCAGUGUCAAAUCUUUUGGGAGAUGAGCCAGGUGAAUCGAAUGACGUGAAACCUGCGGCAUACAAAGGACCUGCUCCUACUGCAAUGCAGCCAGCAUUUCAACCCAGUGCUACUCCAGUAUAUUUGUCUCACAGGUUUAUGGUUUGGAAUUCAGUUGGAACAAUUCGAUCAUAUACUGAUGAAAUGGAAUGUGCGAUCGAUAUCGAGUUUCAUGACAAACAACAUCAUUAUGCUUUACAUAUCAAUAACGAAGCGCCAGGUGGAGGAUACCUCAAUACAAUGGCUGAUUUAUCCAUGAACGCUAUUGCUCUUGCUGCUGAAUCUACUGAUGAUAUACCUAGCAAAUUAACUUGCAUUUACUAUUCAUCUUGGGAAGGAAAUAAAGAAUGGUCUGUUGAAAUGCCUGAUGAUGAAGAUAUUAAAGCAUUAACAAUAGGAGAGAGCUGGGUUGCAGUAUGUACAGAUGCCAGAUUAGUAAGAAUGUUUUCUCUUGCUGGAAUGCAAAGGUUCUUGUUCAGUAUACCUGGACCUGUUGUCUCAAUGUCUGCACACACUGACCAGUUAUUGAUUGCAUAUCAUAUUUCACAAGGUUUCAAUGGCAACCAAUGUCUUGGAUACAUGUUAAUUGAAGUUGGACUUGGCACAGGAGCAAAUCGUUCUAAGAAAAUAAUUACUGGUGAUCCUCUACCAAUCAGUAAAAAAUCAUCACUUCAAUGGAUCGGCUUUUCUGCGGAAGGAACUCCAGUUACUGUUGAUACAUCAGGAGUUGUACGGAUCAUGAACAGAAGUUUUUCCAACACUUGGAUCCCUGUAUCUAAUCUAAAUAAGCUGACCAAAAGUCGACACGAUCAUUAUUGGGUGAUUGGACUUCAUGAAAAUCCUCAAGAAUUACGAGCAAUAAUGUGCAAAGGAUCUACAUAUCCUUCAACAUUACCAAGACCAUUCCCAAGCAUACUUCAGUACAAACUACCAUUGUGUGAGCCAGAAUCUGAAAAAUCUAAAUUUGAGGAAGAAUAUUGGAGGUCGCGAUUGUUUUCAUCUCAUACCAAAUAUCUUGAAUCCCAUGGAUUUGAAACAGAUGACAAAUAUAAACAAUCAACAGAGGUUUUGCUUCAACAAACUCUCAUGAAAAUGUUUGCGCUUGCUUGUAAGUUGGAACGAGAAUCAAGAGCUCGGGAAGUUUGUGAAUUGUUGCCUUCAUCUUCUUCUGUUAAUCUUGCCAUCAAAUAUGCUUCUCGUUUAAAACGUAUGGUUCUUGCUCAGAAGUUACAAGAGGUUGCCCAAGAAAAACAACAGGAGGAAAUGGAAGCUAUUAUGAAGAUGCAGAACAAUGAUGAAGAUGAUGAUGAUGAUGAAACUGAGAAUCCCAAUGAUUUUAAAGCUGAUCUACAAGCAGGAUACAGUCAUUCAAACACGGAAUGGGCAGAACAUAAGAGACUAAGUUUACAGAAGAAGAAAAAUCAAAGACAGGAGUCUGAUGCAGAAGAAAAUGAACAGAGUGAUAGUGAAGCAGAUGUUAUUAUACAAAAUGGUGAUUUGGAUGAUUUACCCGAUCUAGGAAGAAAUACAAAAUCAACAGCUCAAUCUCAACCUGCUAUCAAGUUAUCUGGUAGUUCAAGAAAUCCAUUCAAGAAAAGGACUACUCUCACUGCCAAUCUACAAUCUACUAGUGGAUCAUCUUCCAGUAGUGCAAGUGUUCUGGACAAUAUUUCAAAGAAAACAUCAGUUUCACAAAAAUUACGGGGUGUAAUUGCAAAAUCACACAGUUUAUCUAAAAAGCCGGCAUUGAAAAAUGAAAAGAAACAACAGACAUUGUUUGGUGCCACUGGCUCAAAAUUUCAACUUACAUCAACACCAAAAGGUAAAAAACAGCAGCAAUCAUCAACAAACAUCAGACAGCAAAAUGUUGAUGAUGAUAAUGAUGAACAGCAAUCUGCGGUUAGUAAGCAGAUACUGAAGGAUGUUAGAAAUGAAUGCACCUCAGGGGUCCAGUUAUUUGUGUCUGAAGUAAGACAAAAAAUAUCUGAAGCUAAUCCUGGUUUGGAUGGAGUUGAAAUAAGAAAAAUUGCAAUUCAGGAUUUCAGGAAACUUUCUGCUGAAGAGAGAAAGGAAUGGAAUGAAAAAGCUAAAUCUGGUGGUGAUUCAUCGACUCCGGCCACUACCGGGGCGAAACGGAAACUCGACGACGACCAAGACGAGGAGAACGAAAACACACAGGAUAUUGAAAAUGGCGUUUGUGAUCUUCCAAAUACCAAAAUGAGAAAAACUGAUACCAUCUCCAGCCAAUCUUCGAAAUCAAAACUAGCAGCAUUCGCAUUUGAAAGUUAAGAUUAAGGAAAUACAUCACUUGGGUGUUUUCUUGGCCAUAUUAAUAUUUGCUUAUGUAAUGUAUUUGUCAUAACGCCUUUAUCAUUGGAACACACGCCGAGUUUUUUGUUACGUUAUUGGUAUAAAAAAUCGGCAUCUAAUGGAGCUCGUUCGAUCGUCCUAUUACUACUCUCUAUACUCCAAAAAAUACCGUAACUUGAAUCCAAUAGACUGUAUUGAACUGCCCUCGAAAUUUUUGUUUGCCAAUCAUUGUCUGUAAAUUUAUAACUUCUAUGAUAUUGAAAACUUUACACACUGCCUUUAAACAUUUAAAUUAUGAUACCUAAAGGUGCCAUUAAUCACUGAUACAUCACUGCCAAUAAUAUUACAUUUUAAUAAAGAGUAAGAAGUUAUUCCAGAUGGAA